AAAAGUGCAGUGAGAAAUUUAACUUUGGUCUUGUCGGUCGGCCGCAUACAAAUUUCCAAAAAAAAAAGUUGAAUUUUCCUUCGCAUAUUUUUUCGGUAUUUUUAAUUUUAUUUUGUUCAUAUUUAUUUAUCGAUAACUAAGCGGUCAAUAGUUUAGUGAAGAGUGUUUAAAAAAAAGAAAUAAAAAAAAAACUUGCUGGGGAAUUUGGACACACAACAAAAACAUGGCUGGAAACGGAACCCUCGAAGGCACCCUCAGCAAAUGGACAAACGUGAUGAAAGGAUGGCAAUAUCGAUUCUUUGUUUUGGAUGAAAAUCCUGGUUUAUUAUCUUAUUAUACGUCAAAAGAAAAAAUGAUGAAAGGUGUAAGACGUGGCUGUGUCAGAUUAAAGGAUGCUGUGAUUGGAAUCGAUGAUCAGGAAGAUAAUACUUUUACAAUUACUGUGGACCAUAAAACAUUUCAUUUUCAGGCACAGCACAGUGACGAACGUGAAAAGUGGGUAAGGCGUCUCGAGGAUACAAUACGACGUCAUGCGAAUCGUAAUCGCAUGUGGGACACUCAAAGCAAUUUCUACUUGGGUGGCUACACUAACAAGGAUCUAAGCAAACGAGCUAAUCAUUUGGAAAUACUAGACCGCCGUAUAAGUGAAGCAGAUGCCUACUUACAGCUAAUGAUUGAGCAGAUAAACAAAAUUGAAAAACGUAUCGCAGAAAUACCUGAUUUAGAAGAAAAGACAAAGUGCAAGCUGCUACAGGAUAACGCUAAUGAAAUGCUCGACCAUAUCAAACACUCAAUAGUCACCUUGCAAAUUGCCAAAAAUAUGGCACACCCAAUUAACGGCAUCUACAAUGGUCCUGUGACCAGCAGCAAUAACAGUACAAAGACAGAAAGUAUCAACGAUGACGACUACGAGGAUGGAAUUCUACCACCGGUCGGUGUUUCUGCUAUUCAAUCUGGCAUCGAAUUUGGCUCUGAAUGCAAUGAAGCGAAUCGCCUGAAGACUCGGUCCUCAAUUGCAGAUGUAAACAAUAAAAUUCUUACACUCGCAGUACCAGAAACAUCAUAUUCAAGCUCUGAGGGUGAAGAUGAUUUCUAUGAUGCCAAUGAUGAUCCCUUUACGAGUCAAGGCAAUUCUCCCAUGAGCUGUGCGACUAGAGGUUUUUCUAUAGAAACAUCUCCAACGCAAGAAACAUCACCGCCCAUACCGCCACCAGUAUCGGGUGCCACUACAACUGGUGGUUCCUCCAUUAUUAGCAACGAUGCAAAUUCCACAGGACUGCCGGUACCAUCAGAAAGUGAAGAAUACUCAACUGCAUCGUCAUUGGACAAAGAUUCUUUGACGCAACAAAAUAAUGAAAGACGUAUUAGUCCACCAUCAGGCGAACAACCACGUGGUGCAGCUAUUCCAUUGCGUACAGAUGGCAGUAUUGAUUAUGACGCCCUUUACGAGGAAGAAGAAGAUACCAGCAUUUCAAUGGAAUCACAUGGCUCAAUGGUGACACAUAUAUUGUCGCAAGUUAAAAUUGGAAUGGACUUGACAAAGGUGGUGCUGCCAACGUUUAUAUUAGAAAGGCGAUCUCUGUUGGAAAUGUAUGCUGAUUACUUUGCUCAUCCGGAUUUGUUUUUGAAAAUAGCUGAAUUGGAUGAUCCAAGAGAUCGAAUUGUUCAAGUCACAAGAUGGUAUUUGAGUGCUUAUCAUGCUGGACGAAAGAGUUCGGUUGCCAAGAAGCCGUACAAUCCGAUUUUGGGAGAAGUUUUUCAGUGCCAUUGGGACAUUCCUGGUGAAAAGCCCGAUAGUGAAGAGGUCAAAGACGGACCCAUACCAUGGUGCAAACGUAACCAAUUAACCUUCCUUGCCGAACAGGUCUCACAUCAUCCUCCAAUUUCUGCUUUUUAUGCAGAGCAUUACAAUAGAAAAAUAACAUUUGCCGCCCACGUUUGGACAAAAUCAAAAUUCCUUGGUUUAUCGAUUGGUGUGCACAAUAUAGGCGAAGGCAUCGUAACACUAUGUGACCUUAAUGAAGAGUAUAUUUUAACAUUUCCCAAUGGUUACGGAAGAUCAAUCCUUACUGUACCUUGGAUCGAGUUGGGUGGUUCGGUUGAGAUUAAAUGUCCACAAACUGGCUACCAUACGGACAUAGAGUUUCUAACAAAACCAUUUUAUGGUGGUAAACGUAACAAAGUUACAGCGGAGGUCUACGCACCCAACGAAAAGAAACCUUUUGUUUCAAUCGCUGGCGAAUGGAGUGGUCUUAUGGAAGCCAAAUGGCAUGAUCCCACUAAAAACAAAACUGAAGUAUUCGUUGAUGUAAACCGAAUUCCAAUAUUUAAGAAACAAGUUCGACCAAUCGUUGAACAGGAAGAAUACGAAUCAAGGCGAAUUUGGAAAGAAGUCACAGCGGGACUCAAAUUUAAUGACAUUGACCGGGCGACAAAUGCAAAAUCGCAGGUUGAACAAAAACAGCGUGAAGAAGCAAAAACACGCAAAGAGACUGAAGCCGUAUGGGAAAAUAAAUAUUUCAAACCAGUUGGUGAAAAUUGGAUUUAUACAAAACCACUUAGCCAACGUUUGUACCUCCAAGAGAAGGAAAACAAGAGAUAAUAGCAACAAUUUAGCAAUAGCAACUCCAAACCAACUAACCAGCCAAGUAGAAUGUAAAAACUAUAAACUAUCAUAUCACGGAAUAACGGCAGAUGGUAAACGGUCCCUGAAGCUUGUAAGGCUUGACAAAUAAUUAAAAUAAAAUUAAAAAAAAAAAAAGAAAAGUAGAAACAGGGAUGCAAAAAAAUAUAAACAAAAAAAUAUAAAAUAAAAAAACGAAGAAUAGAUAACCUAAAAAAGAAAGUUAUUAAAUAUAAACAACAAUUAAAAAAAAAAAACAUACAUAUAUAUAUAAAAAUAUAUUUUAAUAAGACUUCUUGCAUUAAAAAAAAAAGAAAAAACAUAAAACAAAUUAUUAUCAAUUGAUUCUAAUUAGUUACAACAUAAUUUAAGAGAUAAGGUUUUUAACAGGAUAGCAACACUUAAUAAGAUAAAAUUAAUUUUUAUUAUUAUUUUUUUAUAUAAGCACUUGUUAUUGCACAGUCUUUUAGAAAAGAAUUUCAAAAUUAUUAUGGUUAUUUAAAAAAAAAAAAUCAAUAGCGGAAAUGGGUUUUUAAUGCAUUUUUUUAUUAAGUACAAUAAGUUUAUUUGUUUUCCUCGAAGCUAUCCUGUUUUGUUUCAAUUUUACUCUAGACACAUAAAUUUUUUUUUUUUUUGAUUUUAUAUAUCGAUACAAAUUUAAGAUCAAAAAUUUAAAAUGUAAUGCAAAUUUUGUAUCAGCUAUUUCAAAUAUUAUAAGUUUAUCAUCAAAACUUUUUCCUAUGACUCAUAUUCAAGUUACUAAGUUCUAAGAUUCUCUAUAACGUAAGGGUUAUUGCAAUAGGCUGGACCAAGACAAUGUUGCUUUCCAAAUUAUAUGAAGUUUAAUGGAACACGGCUAUUGUUAAAGUUUUAUUGACUAUCUCUUUACAUACAAAAAUGUAUAUCAUGUAAGAUGUUUGGGUUGGACAGCAAAUUAAUCCUUGUGUGGUUGAGAUGGUUAGUUCCUAGGUUUUGGUCCUUUAUAAUCUUGUUGCUCUACAAAAUGAAAAUCACUCUUUUGAUUCCUCAACACCACUUGCAUUCUGAAGAAUUUUUUAGUCGGUUCGC